GAUGAAAUAUUUUUGUUGAGUGAGAUGAAAAAAUGGCGUCGCAGUCGUUCAAAGGUGUACCUGCAGAACAAAAAGUAGCAGAAGCUGAACGAGCUGCCUUACGUGAUGUCUUAAGAAGAGAAUACCAGCGUAAUAUUCAAAAACCCCAUUUUAAGGGUGUUUUGCUUGAUCCAGCAGUUAUAAGGUGGAAUUAUGCUCGAGUUAAUUCAUAUGAAUUUUUCAAAGCAACACCAAAAACAACGGUUUUGGGUAUAAUUGUAGGUAUUCUUCCACCCGUUCUUCUAAUGUACUCUGUAAGACGUAAAAAGAAUAAUCGAGAAGCAAGGUACAAGGCUGGCGAAAAGCCACCACGUCUUCUGAUGCUGUAGAUUGUCUUUUAAAAAGGAAAAUUAUAUUGAAAAAUGUAUUGAGAUUCAGGAUUUUUGCAGUGCAUUAAAUACUGGGUGAAUCAAAGUGGAGGGAAUGAGCUGAAAUAGACUGGAAAAAUAUUUAAAUGGAUUCCUCUAGACAUCCAAUUUCAAUGAAUUUCCUAAAUUGAUUUUUUUGAAUUGAACUUAUAGAUAAUUAUAAACAUCAUUUCCAAAUACAGUACCUACGUUCUACAAUAUUAUAACCUGCAAGAAAAUAAGAUGACAUAAGAUAAUGCAGCAGAAACACUGUACAGUUGAAUACAUGACAUUGUACUUGUAGGAAUGUGAAAGUUUGCUAGAUGUGUCUACAAAAGUAAAUGCAAUGUCAACGAGUUGAUGGAACACCGUGCAGUAGUGAAGUUGCUGUAUUAUACACUUAUCAUUUGCGCAUACUGAAGUAAAUCUAGCAGUAGCAGUUUUCGGCCAGUGUUUGAAAAGAAUACCAUUAUACAAUUGUUUUGAAAUUUACUGUUCCGUGAAAAAGGCUUAGAUAUGAAAACAAAUAAAAGAAUGUUAUAUUGUA